AUGUCUCCACGGCCUUCAACAUCCUCAGUCGCGCUUCAGAGCACUACCAGCUCGCCCAGUGCCAAUGUUGCGUCCUCCUCAACUGUGCUGUCCGCAGCGAGGGCGCAGCGCAAGACUGGGCCCACUUGGCCACCCCAAAGCUUCUCGGUCUCGGAGGAUGUUGACCAUUCCGAACCGGCUGUGACACCAGAUGAACUGUUUGUUAGACACACCGUGGCGGAAGUGAGAACGAUACAAGAGAAAUUGAAAGCCGAUGCCAAUGCAAAGCAGUCCGAGCUUCGGCUCAUGGUAGGGGAAAGAUACCGCGACUUGCUACAGGCAUCGGCAUCCAUCAUCGCGAUCGCGGAAUCAUCCAGACGUGUUCAACGCUCACUCGUAGAAAUGAAAGAAGUAGUAUCAAAUCCAAAUAUCCUCCGACAAGCGAGUCUCAACCUUCCCGCGGGGGGAGAUGAUGUUCGAGUUGACUCGCUCCAGUCAUUGGCAGCUCAUGUCAAGCUGCUACUGGACUCCCCAGAGCACCUGUGGCGGUUGAUCGAGUCCAAAAAGUACUUCCAAGCUACUUGGCUCUUUCUCCUUGCCCGGGUGGCGUAUCGGGGGUUGUCUACCGACGACAUGGAAGAAGAAGGCUGGCCAGACACCGAUGUCAUGGUUGGAGAAGAGCAGUUUCCCCUGAUCAAGCGGCAAUGGGAAACUAUAGCACAUUUCCGUUCACAGAUCGGACAUAGGGCCGCUCUUUCGCUAAGGGAAUGCAAUUUAACGAUUGAGGCCGUGUGCUCGGUCGUCUUAGCGCUACACCUCCUUGACUCAAAACCUUUGACAGAAACUAUCUCAGUUCUGCUCACACAGCGCUCGAAAGCGGCCCAAGCAAUGCUGGCAUCCACGGCCCAUAAAGCCAGCUUUCCGUCGUCACGUCAACCAGGCCACGGCAAUUCGGACAAGCUCAUCCCGAAUGGCAUUUCCCCGCAGAAAUCAAGGAAGAAGAUCUUUAGAGAGAUUCGCCAAGCCAUCGAACGCGCAUUCGCACUUAUGUCGAUGACUGUUGGCUGUGCGAGAGGUGUAUUCGCUGAUGGACCCGAUCAACACCCGUCACUUGUCCGACAGGUCCUUGAUUACGUGCAGGCUGACUCGUCGAGUCCAUAUUGUGAUCGAAUACCUGAAGAGUUACGUUUAAACACCCCAAAACUUCUAUCAACACUUCCUUCUCCCACCCAAUCUCAGCUUUUACCACAGAAUCUCCGGAGAUACAGACCUUAUAUCGACUUACAUUCACCGACCACUGUUGUCACAGGCGGCGAACUCGCGGACAAGAUUGAUGCAUGGUUCCAGAGGACACUGGGCGCCGUGAACGAGGCUUUGAGCCGCUGGGUUACAGAACUUGACAGCGUCAGGCAAUUGUGGGCACUACGACGUGCACUGAGAAUGUGGCUUGAAGCGGAUGAAGUGCUGGAGGAGACCGAAAGGCGACGAUUACGGUCAAUGUUAGACGGCGUUUGUUGUGCACAUGCGUCCUCGAUAUGGUCGAAAUCAUUAGCUUCAUCUGCGUCAUUGUUUCGAAAACAGUUACAGCGGGCUUUGGAAGACUCAGGUGUGUUUGCAGUUACAGCUUGGUCUAGUUCGACUCAUUGA